AUGUCCCACCCUCCUCCCGGACUGGGAGGCGGGGUCGCCAGGACCGGCCCUCCGCCUGGCUUUGGUAACAAUGUCCAAGGUGGCGCUGGAAACAGCCCAGGCGCUGGUGGUGGCGGCAGUGGGGCCAACGGUGGCACCGCCGCAAUCGUGCGCGCCCAAAUCGUCUUCCUUUUGAGCACCCUUUCAGAAGACACGUUUGACAAGGCAUCGCAAGAGCUCCGCACGAUGGCAAGCAACCACGGCCCCGAGAUGUACCACCACUUUGUGCGCCGCACAGCCGUUGUUGCUGCGCCUGUCAUCCAGACGCUCGUGCAACACUCGCAGCAGUACAAAGACGACCCCUCUGCGCCGCCGCCGCAGAUCUCCACCACCGACCAUGCCGCUUUAGCCUGGCGCCUCCUUGCGACUGAAGCUGUCCGCGCCGCGCGCGACGUGUCGCUCGCGCCCCACUACGUGGCCACCAUGCUCUCGCCGUCGCAGGGCACGCCGCUCCCUCUGCCAAAUCUGCGUCUCUUCAACCUCUCGCCUGCCGUUCUGUUCUCGCUUUCGGCGCUUGCCCUGGCCAACCCGCAAGUGUUUCCCAAUACGAACCCUGCCUACGACGCCGUCAAGAACGACCUGCACCAGACAUACCAGGGUGCGAUGGAGAUUCUUGGUUCGAACAUGCCGUUCUGGGCUGGCAACAUCCCAGGCCAACCGCAGGACGACAUCUCGAUGCAAGAGGCCCGCAUCCUCAUUCUUGCGUUGUACCCCUGUUCGUCACCUUCCUCCGACGACAAGUUGGCACGCCCAGCCUCUCCGAUCAACCCCACUCUCCCUCACCAUACCAUCCUGAACUCCCUCCAGCGCGGCUUCAUGCUGCAGGUCCUCACCCACAAGUUCAACGGGCCCAUUAUCCUGCACAACACGCUGCCCGCACUCCAGCCCGGUGGCGCUCCUCGCACGGUUGGCGCGAUUCCUCUCGAGGACAUCUUGUUCGAGCUCGGCGAGACCAUCACCCAAGACGAGACCACAGUUGCCGCCGUGAUUAAGUGCUGGUGGGGUCCCUAUAUCCUUGACGAGCCCGUCCCACAGGCAGUCUUUGACGAAGUCGUACACACCCUCCACGGUCUGUGUCGCGGCCUACACGAAGGCAGGACCACCGACACGUUAGCCGUUAUGAAGGCGCUGGUCGAGACCACCAAGCCAGCCAACAUCCACUGGGAUGAUGUUGUCAAGUCGUUCGACACUCCCUCUACUCCACUGGCGUACUCUGCAGCCCUCAUGCUGGCUGCCAACCUCCUGUUGGUGCCCCCCCAGACACCCGUGCCUCCCAUUGCUGCCCUUCUCCCGGCCUCAACUUCGGAUAGGACGUGGAUCAACAUGUCGUCCCUGCUGUACGUCCUUAGAAACCUGUCGCAGUUACCUCCCGACUCGUUGAACCUUUACACUUCGCCGACUUCACCCCCUCCUGAGGCAAUGGCGCGCAUCGUUGAGCCCUACCCAGCCGAGACCAAAGUUAGCAAGGCAGUCCGCCAGCAGGCCAAGGACGUCCAGGCUGCAGGGCUGUGGAACACUCUCGGCCUUAUCCAAGUCCUCACGCGAGCUUGCACGAUGGCCGACUCUGAGGAGGGCCCCGAACGCGAGGAUCGCAUUGAGGUUGGCCGUCGUGCCACCGAGCUCCUCGACCGCGCGGCUUCCCUCGCACCCGAGCUCGUUCUGAUCGGCCUCGAGAAGUUGCCCAAGCCGCUUCCACCCCCCAUCCAGGCAAUGCACCAGAAGAUCUUGGAGAUCUACCUUGUCAACCCUUACGCAGACCUUGCUUCAGCACCCCUCGUGUUCCAGCAGCUCUGGGACCUCAACCCCUCGGGACUCCUCAAAGACCUGGGCGAGUUCUAUGGCGAGGACGAGAACAACCUUGGCAAGGUCGUCGAGAUCGCGUGGGACCUCAACAUUAUGGACAAGCUUCUCGAAAGCGAGAAUGUGCACUUUGCCCUUGACGUCGCCACCCUUGCAGCUAGCAAGGACUACUUCCACCUGGGAGACUGGCUUGCUGACACUGUCUCGGUCCGCGACCACGACUUCCUGUUGGCCAUCUUCGACUUUAUUGAGCACAAGGUCCGCCUGGAGAUUGACCAUCAGCACCAGCCCGAGUCGGUGCCCAACCUUAUGUUCACGCUGUCGGACGAUGCGUACUCGAUCUUCAUCCGCGUGCUACGCAACGCCGAGAACCUUGCGGCUGAGGACGUUCGCCGCUUCAAGAUCCUCCGCACAGACGUACUCAUCCUCCACCCGCGCUUGCUCAACCUUCGUCCCGGAUCCAAGGAGGAACAGGGCUUCGCCGUUGCCACCUACAGCAAGACGAUCAGUUCGCAGGUCGACGACAUGUACCGUCGCAUGUACUCGGAGGAUGACGACCUUACGCUGGACAGCGUCAUCGACCAGCUCACGCAGUACUCCAAGUCGAGCGACACUCGCGAGCAAGAGCUAUUCGCGGCCGCUCUCCACUCGCUCUUUGACGAGUACAAGUUUAUCAAGACCUACCCGCACCGUGAGCUCACGAUGACUGGCAUCCUCUUUGGCGCGAUCAUCGACUGUCGCCUCGUCAAGGACACGCCAGCGUUCGUUGCUACCCGCUACGUUGCAGACGCCUGCAAGACUGCGCCCCACGAGCCGCCCUACCAGUUUGGCGUCAGUGCUUUGGGCGUCCUCCGCGCAUCGCUUGUCGACUUCCCUGGUCUCUGCAGAUCGCUCCUUGAGAUCCCUGCGUUACACGAGUCGCACCCUUCCUAUAUACAGGAGAUUCAAGCCGCGGUCGCAGAGCGCGAGGAGCUUGACCAGCAGGGUGGCGUCAAGCUUGCCUUCCCUGCGCUCAAGCUUCCCAUCCUCAUUGAAGAGGGCGACGACCAGUUCCGCGAGCCUGACCCGAUGACGAGAGACAAGAUCAUGUUCAUCGUCAACAACAUUGCCCCAGGCAAUUACGAGACCAAGUCGCUGGAUCUCCUCAACCUCUUCGAGGAUCAGUGGUCACGCUGGUUUGCGCAGUACUUCAUCGAUGUCCGCGUCAGCAUGGAGGCCAACCGCCACGACCUGUACUACAAGAUCCUCGAGCUCCUCAACAAUCCGCUGCUUGAACGCCAUGUCCUCUGGGAGACAUACCGCAAGGCUCGCGACUUGCUCAACGACGAGAAGACGCUCACGUCUACCUCAGACCGCCAGCACCUCAAGACGGUCGCGACAUGGUUGGGCCGCAUCACUCUCGGCCGCCGACUCCCAAUCAAGUACCGCGAACUCUCCCUCAAGGACUUGCUCAUCCAGGGCUAUGACAACAAGCGCCUCAUCGUCGCCAUCCCGUUUGUCUGCAACGUUCUCGCAGCAUGCCAGGGCUCGCUCGUCUUCCGCCAGCCCAACCCGUGGUUCGUCGCUAUCAUCCGCGUCCUCGUCGAGAUGUACCACUAUGGCGACCUCAAGCUCAACAUGAAGUUUGAGAUCGAGGUGCUCUUUGGCAAACUCGACAUCCAGCUGGAGUCUGUCGCGCCGUCGGAAGUGCUCCGCACCCACGUUCCGCCGCCCCAGCCGCAGCAGAAUGUCCCGAACCGCCUCGAGCAGGAGCUCCAGCGUCACCUCAACACGAACGAGUCGUCGAACGGCGGCCAGCGGUUCAACGACACCAACUUUGACGAGCAUUACACUCGCUUACAGGCGUUACAGAACGAACACGCUGUGCAGCAGGCGCACGAGCAGUUCAUGAACCAUGUGGAGCAGUUGAUCGCCGACCUCCCGGAGCAGCUGCGCUUCAACUCGGACCUCGGCGUUUUGCAAGCGCCGACGUUCAAGCGCAUCGUCUUCCACUCGAUCGAACGCGCCAUCCGCGAGAUUGUUGCGCCCGUGGUUGAGCGCUCAGUUACCAUUGCGGGCAUCUCGUCGCGCGACCUCGUCCAGAAGGACUUUGGCACCGAGGGCGACUCGACCAAGAUGCGCAAGGCAGCUCACCUCAUGGUCCAGAACUUGGCCGGCAAUCUCGCUCUCGUCACCUGCAAGGAGCCGCUGCGCACCAGCCUCAUGUCCCACAUCCGGUCCCUCGUGAGCCAGAACGGCUUCACCGAGGAGAACGUGCCGGACGGCGUCAUCGCGGGUGUCGUCAACGAGAACCUUGACAUUGCGUGUAACGUCAUCCGUCGCGCUGCGAUGGAGAAGGCCACGCGCGACAUAGACGUCAACCUCCAGCCGCAGUUUGCCGCUCGCAAGGCCCACCGCGACUCGCGCAGCCAGCAGCCGUUCUGGGAUGGCGCGUCGUUCGGCGUUGCCAUAUCACACACGGCGCUUCCAGACCCCCUGCGCCUCCGCCAGGGCGGCUUAACCGCGCAGCAGCUGCGCGUGUACGAGGACUUCGCCGAGUCGGCCCGUCCCGAGCUGCAGGCUGCCCAGCAGGCUGGCGCUCACGUCAACGGUGGUGAGGGCUAUCUGCAGAACUACCGCGAGUUGGGCUUUACGGAGGGCAACCUCGCUCCCGCGGAAGCCAAGCGCGGCCCGUCUCCGCGUUUCCAGGACGUCCUCGAGCCGACCGAGACUGCGGUGACCCUUGCGCCGCAGAACUCGAUCGAGAAGAUUCACGAGGUUAUCGGGGAGAUCGAGAAGGUUAUUGUUAACACGCCGGCCCAGGGCCUUAACCAGCUCGAGGAUGACCAUGACCUGCGCAACUUCAUGCGCAACGUUAUUGUGAUUGGACAGUCGUCGCGCGAGUCGAGCACUCUCAACAUUGCCCAGAAGAUUGUGCAGUUACUCUAUAAGACCGACUCGCCUCUCGGCCGCGAGGUCUACACGGUUCUCUUGCAGCAACUCUGCGUCGUCCAACCCAAGGUCGACCGCGAGGUCAAGCAGUGGCUCGUCUACGCCGAAGACCCGCGCAAGUUCAGCGUGCCUGUCACGGCUGUACUCAUCCGCGCGUCGUUCAUUCGUGUGCCUGAGCUCGACGCGCAGCUCGCCAAGCAGAUGUCGCGCGGCUACUCGCCGGAUCUCAUCAACUUUAUUGCGCAGCUCAUUCGCGAGUGCUCGCUCGGCCCGCAGGCCAUCGUCACGCGCAACGCAUUUGCGAUGUGCGUCACGCAACUGCUUAAGGCGCAGGACCACGGUCAGUUGACCCCUGCUGCGGACCAGCUCCUGGAUGACCUCCGCGGCGAGUCUAUCCACGACAACAAGGCCACCACCGUCGACCCCAGCGUCCAGGAGCGCCUGCAACACUACUUCUUCGAGUGGGUGCGCCUGUUCACCGAGAACCCCACGUCUCCAGAGGUCUCGUUUGUGCCUUACAUCACAUGGCUGCAGAAUGACAACAUCCUCAGUGGCGAGGACGUCUCCACGGCGUUCUACACGUCGGCGAUCAAGGCUGCCGUCGAGUGCGACAUGAAGUCGGAGAACGGCCAGUGGUUCGGUACUGACUCGCUGGCCAAGCUCAUCAUCCUCAUCGUCAAGAACUAUGGCGACAAGAGCGGCCCCGGUAGCGUUACUCGCACCGUCUAUUACUUCAAUAAGAUUGUCACGAUUAUGUCGUACAGCCUUGUGCGUGCACAGCUCAACCCCGACGAGCCCUUCGACCAGCGCCCGUGGGCCCGUUUCUUCACGAGCAUGCUCGCGGAGAUUGCGUCGAUCGAGGCUUCGCUGCCCGAGACGGCUCUCGGCUGCCUCAAGAGCAUUGCCAACGUGCUCGGCAUCGUUCAGCCCACAUACGCGCCGCGCUUCGCGUUCGGUUGGUUCUCGAUCGUCUCGCACCGCCUGUUCAUGGCCAAGCUCCUCGUCGCACCCCGCCAGGAGGGCUGGGCCGACUACCACCGCACGCUCAUGUGGCUCCUGCGCUUCAUGUCGCCGUUCAUCACUGCCGACGCCGACGACAACAACAACAACAUGGGCCUGGCAGCGCGCAGCCUCUACAAGGCGACACUGCGCAUCCUGCUGGUGCUCAUGCACGACUUCCCGGGCUUCCUUGUCGAGUGCUACCACACUCUCUCGACGGCCAUUCCAGCCCACUGCGUCCAGCUCCGGAACAUCAUCCUCGCGGCGUUCCCCGCCGCCGAGGCGCCGCUGCCGGACGUGUACAAGCGUCUCGAAGAGCUCGUUCCGGAGAUGCAAACGUUCCCGCGCGUCCGCUCUGACCACGUGAGUGCGCUCAACUCGGGCAACGUCAAGAACGCCAUCGACAGCUUCGUGCACAACACGUCGCCGAACGGCGCACUCAUCGUGUCCGAGCUCAAGAACCGAAUCGCGGUGCAGAAGGUGCUCCCAGACAACGCGACCACGACGGUGUGGAACCACACUCUGCUCCACGCAACCGUCUUCUACCUCGGCACCUCGGCGGUCCACCGGCACUACAUGCACACGGGUGUCGCCGACUUUGACCACAAGGACCCCGCCGUCUCGCUGCUUCUGGGUCUCGCGCACUCGUUCGACGCCGAGGGCCAGUACCUCAUCCUCUCGGUGAUUGCGGACCAGCUCCGCUUCCCGUCGGCCCACACCUCGUUCUUCGCGCAGCUCAUGCUCUACAUGUUCAAGGUGUCGACAGACCCGCUCAUUGCGAUGCGCAUCGCACGCGUGCUCUUGGAGCGCGUCAUCGUCGCGCGCCCGCACCCUUGGGGCCUCAUCGUCACAUUUGUCGAGCUGCUCGAGAACCCGGCCUAUGGCUUCUGGGACCAGCAGUUUGUGCGCGCCGACGACGAAAUCUUCCUCAUGUUCCGUCGCGCUCGCGAGGGCUUUGGGGCGCAGCCGCUUUAA